AUGCGCGCAAUCAGUCCGCUCUCGCUGAUCAGCGCCGUGACCGCCUUGGUCACCUUGCUCUUGGUGCUAUCGCCAUCACAGGCAUUGGCCUCUCCCGUCUCAUCGGUCAAGAGGGCCACGUCUUCAAACUACUGGCUAGCAAAUAUCAAGAGACAAGGAUCCGUGGCAUUCGGUACCGACUCAUCUUACGCCGUCUAUCGCAAUGUGAUGGACUACGGCGCCAAAGGUGAUGGCUCAACAGACGACACAGCAGCUAUCAACGCAGCAAUUUCUGCCGGCAGUCGUUGCGGUUGGGGCUGUGACAGCAGCACAGUCAAGCCUGCUCUCGUCUACUUUCCUCCUGGUACAUACAUGAUCUCUCAACCCAUUGUCAUGUUGUACUACACUCAGCUCGUCGGAGACGCGCUCAACCUACCCGUCCUGAAGGCCACUGCUGGCUUCCAAGGCAUGGCUGUUCUGGAUUCUGACCCCUACGAUAGUAGUGGUGCCAACAUGUUCACCAACCAAAACAACUUCUUCCGUCAAGUCCGCAACUUCAAGAUUGAUUUGACUGGCAUGCCUCAGACGGUCGGUGCAGGUAUUCACUGGCAGGUCGCCCAAGCAACCUCCCUCCAGAACAUUGUCUUCAACAUGAUACCCGGAGCCGGCUCCAAGCAAGUCGGUAUCUUCAUGGACAAUGGUUCUGGUGGUUUCAUGAGCGAUCUGGUCUUCAACGGCGGUAACUACGGAGCCUUUUUGGGCAACCAGCAGUUCACCUCGCGCAACUGGACCUUCAACAACUGCAACACUGCCAUCUUCAUGAACUGGAACUGGGCAUGGACUCUGAAGUCGGUCUCGAUCAACAACUGCGCUGUCGGUCUCGACAUCUCUAACGGUGGCUCUACCAACAUCCUGAUUGGCUCUGUCAUCCUGAUGGACUCCAAGCUCACAAACACCCCCAUUGGUGUCAAGACCUCGUUCACGGCCAACAGCGCUCCUGCCACUGCGGGUACUCUCAUCAUCGACAAUGUUGAUUUCUCUGGUUCGACCACCGCCGUCGCCGCUGCUGAUGGUAGCUCUAUCCUCGCGGGUGGCAAGGUCGUUGCAUCAUGGGGCGAGGGACGUCAAUACGCCGGUACUUCUGGCUCUCGUGUCCAGGGUGCUCUCGCUGCUCCUUCCAAGCCCGCUGCCCUCCUCGACGGUUCUGGCAAGUUCUUCGAACGCUCCAAGCCCCAGUACGAGAACUUGCCUGCCAGCGCUUUCAUCAGCGUCAAGACCUUUGGUGCCAAGGGUGAUGGUGUCACCGAUGACACUGCUGCUAUUCAGAAGGCCAUGGCCGGUGUCAACGCCAACCAGAUCCUUUACUUCGACCACGGCGCCUAUGUCGUCAGCAAGACUAUCAGUGUUCCCAACAAGAUCAAGAUGACUGGUGAGAUCUGGCCCCUAAUCAUGGCUACUGGCAGCUUCUUCAGUGACCCUUCCAACCCUCAACCCGUCUUUGACAUCGGCAUAGCCGGCCAGUCCGGUGCUGUCGAGAUCACCGAUCUUAUCUUCGAGACCAAGGGCCCUGCUCCUGGUGCGAUCAUGCUCAAGUGGAACAUGGCUUCAGCCCAAGGUGCGUCGGGUAUCUGGGAUGCUCACGUUCGUAUUGGUGGAAGUGCAGGCACGGGCUUGCAGAGCGACAAGUGCUCCAAGAACCCCUCGUCCACCGCUGUCAGAACCGGUUGUGAAGGUGCUUACAUGCUUUUCUGGGCCGGUACCAAGUCUUCGGGUGUUUACCUCGAGAACACCUGGUUCUGGGUCGCCGAUCACGAGCUUGACCUUCCCGAUCACAACCAAAUCGACAUCUACAACGGUCGUGGUGUCUACAUCGAGUCUCAAGGCCCUGUCUGGCUCUACGGUACCUCUUCGGAGCACAACAUCUUUUACAACUACGAGAUCCGCAACGCAAAGAACGUCUUCAUGGGUAUGAUCCAAUCCGAGACACCUUACUUCCAGUCCAACCCCAAGGCACCUGCUCCCUUCGUGCCUCAGCGCCCCUCGGACCCCACCUUCUCGAUCUGUUCCACCCAGAACCCCUCAGCACCAUGCUACAAGUCUUGGGGUCUUCGCGUCGUCGACAGCACCAACGUGUUCAUCCACGGUCUCGGUCUGUACUCGUUCUUCGAGAACUACAGCCAAGACUGUGUCGCCACGAACAACUGCCAGCAGAACAUGAUCGGUCUUGAGGGUAGCAACAACAACCUUAACAUGUACGCUGUCACCACCAAGGCUUCUGUCAACAUGAUCACCUUGGACAAUGGUGUUGCCGCUGCCCUCGACGCAGACAACAGAAACGUCUUUGGUGCCACUGUUGCCUACUACCGCAAGGGUGGUUCCUCAGCACGCGACUGUGACGAUGAAGACGAGGACGAGGAGUACGAGGACUAA